AUGACCGUUGUUGGGCUUCGCACCUCAACGGUCGUUGAUGUGUUUUGCUGAUGCUGCUUUCUGGCUUUGCUGAAAGGCAGGACGUCGUGCAUUCGGGCCAUCUGUUCUGAUUUUCGCCAAGCAAAGUGCUUGUUCUCAAAAUGUCAACGGUGAAGGAACAGCUUAUUGAGAAUCUGACUGCAGAAGAUAAAACCUCCCAGUGCAAGAUCACCAUUGUUGGAACUGGUGCCGUCGGCAUGGCGUGUGCUAUUUGUAUCUUGCUGAAGGAUUUGGCUGAUGAACUCGCCCUUGUUGAUGUUGCAGAGGACAAACUGAAGGGAGAGAUGAUGGAUCUUCAGCAUGGCAGCCUUUUCUUUAGCACUUCAAAGAUUACAUCUGGAAAAGAUUACAGCGUGUCUGCAAACUCCAAAUUAGUUAUUGUCACAGCAGGUGCAAGGCAGCAGGAGGGAGAAGGUCGCCUUGCUCUGGUCCAACGUAAUGUGAAUAUCAUGAAAUCAAUCAUUCCUACCAUAGUCCGUCACAGCCCUGACUGCAAAAUGCUUAUUGUUUCAAAUCCAGUGGAUAUUUUGACAUACGUGGUUUGGAAGCUAAGUGGCUUACCUGCGACUCGUGUAAUUGGAAGUGGCUGUAAUCUCGAUUCUGCCCGUUUCCGUUACCUAAUUGGAGAGAAGUUGGGUGUCCAUCCCACAAGCUGCCAUGGCUGGAUUAUUGGAGAGCAUGGUGAUUCUAGUGUGCCUUUAUGGAGUGGAGUGAAUGUUGCUGGAGUUGCUCUGAAGUCUCUGGACCCUAAAUUAGGAACUGACUCAGACAAGGAGCAGUGGAAAACUAUUCAUAAACAAGUUGUUGAAAGUGCCUAUGAGAUUAUCAAGCUGAAGGGAUAUACCUCCUGGGCUAUUGGACUGUCUGUGACAGAUCUAGUAGGAUCAAUUCUGAAAAAUCUUAGGAGAGUGCAUCCUGUUUCCACUAUGGUUAAGGGCUUAUAUGGAAUAAAAGAAGAGAUCUUCCUCAGCAUCCCUUGUAUCUUGGGGCGGAAUGGCGUCUCGGACAUUGUGAAAGUGAACUUGAGUUCUGAGGAGGAGACCCUUUUCAAGAAGAGUGCAAACACACUGUGGGAUGUCCAGAAGGACCUAGUAUUUUAAAGCCAUUCAUUCUCCUGCUGUCUCAUAGAAAAGGAGAUAGUAGGCUGUAUAUUUUACAUUUUGAAAAUAUUUUUAUCUUACCUGUAAAAUAAAAAAAACCAACAUUGGA